UAGAAAAAAAAGUUUGUGGGAGCAUUUUUAAUCCAUACAUUUGCCUAUGGCUACAUAAGGAUUUUUCUGAGAAAAGAAGCAUGCCAGAAAACUCUGAAUGCCAGUUUUAUGUCUGGGCAAUUCUAGCCUUCUUGGGUUUAGCUCUGACUAUAUCGCUUAUCUUCAACAUUUCCCACUAUGUGGAAAAGCAGCGACAAGAUAAAAUAUACACGUACUCCGAUGACUACUUUCCCAGGGAAAAUGAGUAUGAUCUUGAAGACACACCAAUUUAUGGUAACUUAGAUAAUGUGGUCCCAGAACCAGUGGAUGAAAACUGCUAUGAACAAAUGAAAGCCCGGCCAGAGAGAUCUGUGAACAAACUGCAAGGAGACGCCCCACCUUCACAGGAAACUGAAGCAAAGAUGUUCUAUGCCUCACUAGAUCACAGCUGUGAGGGGAAGCGCAGAAAGCCCAAGAAACAGAAAACUUAUUCGUCAGACAAGGAUGAGGAUGGGCAGGUACAUGCAACGGAUAUCAACCGUUCUAAGACCACUUUGAUGGACAGUUUCCCACCAGAAAGCCAGGCAAUAGAGGAAAACAUUCAUGAUGAUCCCAUCAGGCUGUUUGGAUUGAUCCGUGCACGGAAAGAAACUGUAAACUAGCUGGACUAUUAUGUAGCUCAGUGAUCCAGCUCUUACUGGAAGUGGUUGUUAAAGAAAUGAAGACCCCAUAUGACACAGCAUGAUAUGUCAGGGUGAUUAGCUGAUCAUCUGUUGGUGGGAUGGUGGCUCACCUUUUAUACAGAGCUUAUGUUAUACCCAGCAAAUGGAAUACCAUACAAAUCAGUUAUUUAAAUUAGUUAUUUGAAUUCACUUAAAAAAUACUGA